AUGGGAGAAAGGCAAAAAACAUUUCGAAAUGAGAGAAAGACAGAAAGCAUGUCAAAAUGGGAGAAAGACAAAAGAAGAUCAGUAUGGGAGACAGACCAAACGAAUCAGGUGAAGAUGGAAAAGAAACAAAAGCAGGCGACUGUGGGAAACAUGGAAAACCCUGAGACGGCGGCAGAGAUAAGAAAGAUGUGGAAGGCAUCAAAAGCAUCACAAAGCGAAAAGAUGUGA